GCAAAUGGAGCAGUACGUAUCACAAAAGGGUGGGCCCGAAAUACAGAAAAGCCAUGAAACGAAAAAGAUAAAGAUCUAUGCAACGUAACAAGCUCUUCCUGUUCACGGCUUCUAUUCGAUGAGCAGCCGAUCUUAAUUUGCCUUUCUUGAUGCUUCAAAAUAAAAUCGACGUAAGCAUGUAAAACUUUUUGAUUCCGCUUAUUUUUCACCCAGGAUCGCAAGCUCGUCAGUAAAGCUAAAGGAUCACCCAUCCCAUGAAGACAUAUUCUCUGCAGCGAAACUCGUUCUCCAUGCAUGUCCACAGUAGAAGGGCAAAGCAAUAUGCGCAUGAUGUGGGACCAUUAUUCUAGAAUUUCCAACGAAAGACAAACAACUCCUUUUUAGCCAAUUUGGUUCGUAGACUUUUGAAGUACCGCGUUUGUUUUUUGAUCCUCCUGGAAAGUAAGUAGCUCGCCGGACUACUUCCGACACAAUCAUUUGUUCGUUGACAACAGCAAUACCAAUCGGUAAUCUACUAAACAGCUAUCUAAGACAUCAAAACUUCGCAACCAUGCAGGGGACGGCAGGACAGCAGCUGCGGCAGCAGCAGAUGCAGGCCGCAGACAUCCGGGACCAGAUGGACCAGGAUGCCGGGCCGAAGAGCAAGCUCGCGAUGUACGAGGUUCCGGAGAAGCUGAAGUUGCCCGUGACCAUCGUCUGCGGGCCGCUGGGGAGCGGGAAGACCACUUUGUUGAACCACAUUCUGCAGUCGGUCCACCGCGGCCGAUUCGCCGUGAUCGAAUCCGAGUUCGGGGAGGCGACGCUGCAGACGGACCUGGUGGUGAAGAAGAUGGAGAGCGCGGAGGAGGUCACGAGCUUGGAGAGCAACUGCCUGUGCUGCACCUACCGCGAAGACCUGGUUUCCACCGUGACGCAGGUGAUCGUGCAAGCGGAGAAACUGGACGGCAUCUUGAUCGAGGCCUCCGGCACGGCCGACCCGUCGGCCAUCGUGCAGACCUUUUACCACUCCGAGGACCUGCGGCGCCGCUGCCGCGUGGACUCGGUGCUGGUCGUGACCGACGCCACCCGCGUGCGCACGCUGUUGGAGGAAGCGCCCACCAGCACGGACCCGGAGGACGACGACGAUGAUUUAGCCGCCACCGUGAAGAAGAACGCAUUGGCGCUGGAGGACAAACCGGCGAUGCUGAUGCUGGCCGACGGGGACGCGGACGAGGAUGAGGACGGAAAAAAGAAGAAGAAAAAAAUCAACCCGGACGAGGUGAACCCGGUGGCGCGGCAGCUGGCGUUUGCGGACCGCAUUCUGCUGAACAAGACGGACAUGCUGCCCCCAGGCGACGACGUGUUGGACAUCACGGCGCAGCUGCGGGAGGUGAACUCCGUCGCCGACAUCGUGGAGUGUCGGUACGGCAAGGUGGACCCGCAACUGCUGAUUAAUUUAGAGCAAUUCUCACUUUCGAAACUCGCCAAGGAAGCUGCGGACCAGUACAGCAGCAUCGCGGAGUUCUGGGCCAACGCGCCGAACGGGGGCGGACCCAACGACCCCACCGCGCAUGCGGACCUCGCCGGGGCCGCGGACCAGUACUUCAAAAAGGCGCGGCGCAACCCGCUGGCGGCCGGCUUCGCGAAGAUGUUCGACUACAAGGGGGCCAAGAUCGAGGACCCGUUGGGUUUGUUCGGCGGAAAGCAGCCCGACGUGAACAACGCCGCGAGUGGCGCGGCGGGUACUAACCAGGGAUUGCUCAAGAAGCCUGCAAGUGCCGCUGCUGCAGCGCCGGUCUCGCGAAAGAAAUUGCAGUUCGUCACGGUCGAGAAGGUCAAAGUCGGUGCUGGGGGCAAGGAAGGCGAUUCGAAUGAAGCGGCGACUGGUGGUGAACAGGAGAACAGCAGUGCAGUAGAGAACAAGAAACCAGAAGAAGCGAAGAAAGACAUCAGCAAGUCGCCCGCUCGUUCUCCGAAGAGCAAAGCCGCUCCUGCGAGUGCCGAAGUAGGAGCCGAAGAGGAAGCGAAGGAGGACGAGCCAUCUGCGAAGCGGCAGAAGGUUGAGCAGGACGACAGUGCGGCCAACCUAGCGGCAGAUAAGAAACAAAAUGACACGGAGGAAAAGGACCAGGAGAUCGAGGACGAGGAAGUCGAGGAUGAAGAGCGGGAUGAGGAGGCGAUCUUGUACCGAAACAUGGUCCAGAACAUGGAGCCGGAAGACCCAACCCGCGUGGCCACGAUGGGGAUCCAGAUGAAGCCCGGAGACGUGUUUUUCCUCGGCAAAUUGGAGGAGUGGGUGGCGCGUCUCAUCCAAACGUGCGGGAGCCGACUGUACCGCUACAAGGGCGUUUUUGCCGUCAAGGGAUUCCACGAGAAGUUCGUUUUCCAGGGCGUGCACAUGCUGUUGGAUGCAAAUUUUCUCACCUCCUCCACGUGGCGGGAGCCGGAGAAGGAGCGGGUCAGCAAAAUGGUCCUGAUCGGGAAAAACCUGCCCCCACGGGAACUGCUCAUGAAGGGGUUGCGCGACUGCGUGGUACCGAAAAAGCUGCGGUUUGGGCUCGGCAGCGCUGUGGAGGCCAAGGUGCGCGGGAUCUGGCGCCCCGGGAAGGUGAUAAAAAUGUGGGACUCGCAGAUUGACAAGGAAACCGGGCAAGCAAGAAGCUUUCCCUACAGAAUCAAGCUCGACGAGACCGGCAUAGAGGUCUACGCGCUCUUCGACAUAAACACCAUGGUGCGAGUGCCGCUUCGGUUCUAGACGAACCAUCGCUGAGAUCAUGAUCAAUCACUGGCGCCUCCGUUACAAAAACCACGACCUUCCCUUGCCUGUUUCACUGAGGACAAAAACAUCUUCGAAGAAGCGCAUCGUGUUGUUGACGAACGAAACCUCGGACGGAGGGGUCGGCAAAAUCACACGAAAAAUGAGAAUACAGCAAGGACGAGCUGCUGUGUGGUUUUUUCUAGAGACUGCUUGUGCCGUUCGAAGGAAUUUUUACUGCCUGGCACCGUAACUUUUACCUCCCAGAGUUUAAGCCGCAACAACUUGAUUGGAUCUAUUGGACUUCGAGGCGAAGAUUUUCCUACCCCCAUGAAAGAAAAUGAAACUUACGGAAACUUCUCGUGUCUUCCUCUCUUUCAGGGUCGACAUGCAGAC